UUAUUACAUGGCUCUGUUUGGCCGUUGUGGUUGUGGCGCUUACACAUAAACUCAAAGUCGAUUAUGUUCUUCCACUUUGACCGACCUCUCCCAAAAACCCCUCAAACACACACACGCACGCUGUAACUCUCUCUCUUGCUCUCUCGCUAUCGGCAACUCGUCCUUUUGAAUCGUUUAUAGUUUCAUUGGGGAAGCAAAAAAUGUUAUUUUCUCGGGGAUUUUCUCGGAUUGGAAGAAACAGCUUCAAUGGGUUGUGUCGGUGUUUGCUCUCUCGUCGUAUGGACGCACAUCAAUUAUUUGUCUCCAGCAUUUAUUCUCAGUCUCUAAGUGAAUCGACCCAGAAGAUUUUGGGUUGCAGAGAUUUCUUUUCUUUGGGAUUGCCGCCUGUUUUCCAUGGCUAUAGGCACCAAAUUCACCAUCAAAGCAGCUCCAUAGUUGAGGAACCACUUGACCCAUUCUCCCUUGUUUCCGAUGAGCUGUCACUUAUUGCUGACAGGUUGCGGGACAUGGUAGUUGCUGAGGUCCCUAAGCUUGCAUCUGCUGCUGAGUACUUCUUUAAAAUAGGGAAAAUCCGGUUGAAUGGAUAUAUGUUUGAGGGUGGCAAUAGCACCAUUCAAGAGGAAAACAAUGGAAUCUGUUUGAUGGUACAGGUCUUAUUGCUAAUGUCAACAGCUCUGAAUGUCACUGUACCUGAACCUCCUACACUGUUGAGAGAGGCUUUGUCAACGGAACUGCGUGCAAGACAGCAAUGUAUUGCAGAAGUCACAGAGAUGAUUCAUGUGGCAAGUCUUCUACAUGAUGAUGUAUUGGAUGAUGCAGAUACAAGACGAGGUGUUGGUUCAUUAAAUUGUGUAAUGGGAAAUAAGUUAGCUGUUUUAGCAGGGGAUUUCCUGCUUUCCCGAGCUUGUGUCGCACUUGCCUCUCUAAGGAACACAGAGGUUGUAUCAUUACUUUCAACAGUUGUAGAGCAUCUUGUGACAGGUGAAACCAUGCAAAUGACUACCACAUCCGAUCAACGUUGUAGCAUGGAAUAUUAUAUACAAAAGACGUAUUUCAAGACUGCAUCAUUGAUUUCAAACAGUUGCAAGGCAAUCGCCAUUCUUGCUGGGCAUACAGCAGAAGUUGCAAUGUUGGCUUUUGAGUAUGGAAAAAAUCUGGGAUUGGCAUAUCAAUUGAUUGAUGAUGUUCUUGAUUUCACGGGUACAUCAGCUUCUCUUGGAAAGGGCUCUUUAUCUGACAUCCGUCAUGGCAUCAUAACCGCUCCAAUAUUGUUUGCCAUGGAAGAGUUUCCUCAGUUGCGUGCAGUCGUCGAACAGGGCUUUGAUAACCCUGCUAAUGUUGAACUCGCUCUUGACUACCUUGGUAGGAGCCAUGGGAUACAUAGGACAAGGGAGCUAGCCACAAAACAUGCAAACCUUGCCGCAUCAGCAAUCGAAUCUCUGCCCGAGAGUGAAGACGAAGAUGUCAGAAGAUCAAGGAGGGCUCUCCUAGAUCUCACCCACAUAGUCAUUACAAGAAUCAAGUGAUGGAAAAGAUAUGCACCAUAAUGGCAUAAUAAUGUGUUGAAGCUCAAUUAAUUGGUCAUUGUCCCUAUUAAGGAUGAGGGACAAUAUUCCGUUGUUUUCAUCAUAUUCUUUCAAUUCUUCCCCUAUUUUUGUUUUUCAUAUUUUUUUUUAGAGGACUACAUUUUGCUUUUCUUUUUUCUGUAAAAUUUUCCUUUAUCCCUCGUUAUAUAAAUUAAACUCUGGGGAUAUCACAAAAUUCUCCCAGAUUCUGAUAAAAUGAUGUACCUGGGGUCGCAUUUACUCUGCUUUAAGAAUGAAGCUAGCAGUAAAUUUCAUCUCUGAAAGGCUGUGUUGGGAUGC